AUGUCGCGGUUCAACCGCUCGGGCACGUCUAGCCAUUCGGAGCCCAAUUCGUCGGAGCGGUCUGCGUUCGCGCCCGAAUACGAGCCCGUCCAACUCGGCUCGUCGUCGGUGCUGAAGCCACUUACGCCUCCGAGCGUAUCGAAUCUCACACCGUCAACGUGUCUGGCGAUUGGCGAGUUCAAGGAGCUGCUUCGGCAGUACCGUCAGCUGGAUGAUGGCAUUACGACGCGGCUCAAUCGCAGCUUUGCGCGCUCGCGAGCGCUCGGCCAGAGCUCUUCUCCCUCGCUCCUCUCCUCCUCUACAAACUCGGCCAGCUCGGCAGACCUUGGUACGAGCACGUAUGCGACUCCGCAACCGGCAGCAUGUGCGGCAUUCUGGCGAGAGCUGGUCGACGUGUGGAUCGGACGUGAAGAAGUCGUUCGCUUCUGCAUCAAGGUCGCCGACCAAACUUCAAGUCCUGCCCCCGCAGUUGCAUCAACAGAUCAGAGAUUGAACGCAGACUAUACACCGCCGAGUGGCAAGCAAGACAGGUGGAGUAGGGCAGAGAAUACAGCCGAGACGCUCAAUAGACAGCUGCAUAACGAGCUCAAGGUAGAAAGCAUCAUUCGCGCGCGCAGCCUCGACGCCUUCAAGUCAAGAUGCAAGUUCUUCACCCCAACCCCACCGACUGGUCCCGAGGGUGACCGCGAGCGUGCAAUGUGGCUCGGCAUCCCAACCCCAGCUGCCAGAGCAAGCCAACAAGGCGCCCCACUUCCAUGA